CAGUGUGCAUUACACACCACAAAGACCACAUAUUGUACAUGGUAUAUCUUAAUGGUGUUUUCAUUUAUUAUCAACAAAUUUAAAAAACAUGAAUAUGUUAAAGCAGUGGAUUUUUGGGAAGCCUUCAGAUAAAACGGAUGCUGUCGGAGGUCAGUCCCUGAUUGUUGCCGCCUUCGACUUCGGGACAACUUACAGUGGAUAUGCGUUUUCCUUCAAGCAUUCUCCAAAUGACAUCAAAACUAACAAGAAAUGGACGUCCGGGUCUGGUCAACUUAUCUCACUUAAAACACCAACAAGUGUUCUUCUCAAUGAGGAUGGUGAGUUCGACUCAUUUGGAUGCGAUGCCAAGAACAAGUAUGUUUCCUUGGCAGCGGACGGAAAACACCAUGGCUGGAGACUAUUUAGAAGAUUUAAGAUGGUUCUUCACAAUCAGAAGCGUAUUUUGCGUUCAGCAACAGUUGAUGAUUUGGAAGGUAAACCCUUCGCAGCCGGGCCGAUUUUUACAAUGGUGAUUCGGUACCUACAGAAACACCUAUUAGAAGCGUUAAAUCUAAGUCAUAAAGGGACGCUCGAAACUGACAUCACAUAUAUAAUUACCGUACCAGAUAUCUGGGGCUUAGCUGCCAAACAGUUCAUGAGAGAAGCCGCGAUUGAGGCUGGUAUCAAUUGCAACCGACUCAAGUUGGCAUUAGAGCCUGAGGCAGCCGCAGUGUAUUGUGGGGCCCUCGGUCACACGUUGGUGGGGCAGAAGUUCAUGGUCGUCGACUUAGGAGGUGGUACCGCUGACAUAUCUGUUCACGAGAGAAAAGGCAAUGGGUCACUCAAAAAUAUCCACACCCCUUGCGGUGGCACAUGGGGAGGCAUCUAUGUUGAUGCAAACUUCACACAGUUUAUGGCAGAGAUAUUUGGGACAAGGGCUCUUACUGCUAUGCAAGCGGAUGAAAUGUACGAUUACUUUGAUAUGAUGCGUGACUUUGAGGUAAAGAAGAGGAAUUCUCAGACCGACAUCACAUUUCGCAUCCCAGUGGUUUUGAAGGAAAAUGAUGAGGAGCAUUUUCAUCAGUCUUUAUCAGACCGACUGUCAUCUUUGAUGUUUGGUGAAAAGGUAUUUGUGAGAGGUAAAGAUAAACUUGGUAUACAUCCAUCUAUCAUGCAAAGUUUCUUCACAGAUCAGAUCUCCGCAAUAGUGAAUCACAUCAGCAGCGUUCUAAAGGAAGAGAGAAUGAAAAACGUCGGUCUUAUAAUAUUAGUUGGAGGGUUUGCAGAGAGUCCUUAUGUCCAACAGAGGAUACAGACAGAACUUCAAGCGGUACGGUUAAUAGUUCCGGAGGAGACGGGAUUGGCCGUGUUGAAAGGAGCCGUUAUGUUCGGACACAAACCUAACAUCAUAUCCUCCAGAGUUAUGGAUUACACGUACGGGGUAGAAAUUUUUUAUUAUGAUUUUGAGGAAAAAUACCCGAUGGAAAAGAAAAUAUUAAUGAACGGUCAAUGGAUGGUAAAAGAUGUGUUCAUGGUCUUUGUAAGAGUCAAUGAAGAUGUGCCAUUUGAUAACAAGGUAACACACACUUUGUGCCCGAAUGAAAACCCCGAUUAUGUUGCUAUAUUUAGAACAGAAAACAAUGACCCGAUGUUCACAACUGACCCUGGCUGUGAGCUCGUCGGCAGACUGGCAAUUGAUUUUGAGAAUGACAUUCCUCUUGAGGAACAGAAAAUUGAGGUAACGCUCAUGUUCGGCGACACAGAUCUGCGUGUUUUGUGUAAACACGUCAACACUGGAAAGGUGAAUACGCUAACACUUGACAUUGCCAAUUGAAAUUGUUACGAUAUAUCAACUAUACAAUCCGCUUGGAACAGU